AUGUCAGAUAUUGAAGAAUCGAUUGUGUGGUUAGAAAAUUCAAAAAACUAUUUGAAUCAUUACGAAUAUUCGGACUUCAGAGUUUUAAAAUUGAUAGGAGAUGGAGCAUCUGGAAGUGUCAAUCUUGCAAAUUGGAAAGAUUCCGAUAGUUUGUUCGCUUUGAAAUCCUUUAAAGAAGAUAAUAUAUCUAUAAAAAAAGUUAUAAAUGAGAUAAAAUUACAAAUUAAGGUUAACGCGAAUAAAAAUGUUAUACGAUUUUAUGGCAUAGCAAAGGAAAAAACUGAAGAAAAUAUUUUAUUAAUUGAAGAGGAAUCCAGUGUUAAGUCAAGCGAAGAUACUUUUGGGGAUUUAUUGAUCGAUCCAAAUAUUGUCAUUGAAUCUGAAAGCCAUGGAGUCGUUUCGAACAUAAAAACAAUCAUUCCUCUUGAACAAUUAGUUGCCGAUAAAGAAGAAAUUAAUUUAUUAAUACGAGAGGAAUCCAGUGUUAAGUCAAGCGAAGAUACUUUUGGUACAAAUAAGGAUUUAGUGAUCAAUUCAAAAAUUAAUUCAAUGAACAUCAUUAAAUCUGAAAGCAUUUUAGGUUUACGUCGUCGUCAAAAAUCUUUUCAAUCAAAUGCGCUAGAUUCUGAACAUACCUCUUCAAAUAUACUUCUAAAAUUUUUUGUUCGCAUUUCUCGCGUCAAACUAAUUUCUCCGCAAAAUCUCAUCAUCCCAGCAAAUAUAUCAUACAGAACACCAUUUUUAACGGCUACAACGACGAAAGUAAUCGGUUGCAUUGGGACAGAUAGCAAAAUACUUUGUCAAGUUAAAUUAAAAUUAACUGCUCUUUGUACUAUUAUUUUCCGAUAUAAUUAUAUUCGUCGGAAGUUGAAUGUUUACAAAACUUUUCAAAUCCUACAGCAAGAAGUUAGGCAACGCCGUAGAAAUUAUAAGGUUCUUAUGGAACAACUACGACCGAGAAGUUGA